CCUGAACCAGUGCCGAGGGACAUCGGCGCUGGAUACAGGUCAGUCAUAUGAAGGGGUUUUAGCCCUUUAAGCAACUUUGGAUGGGGGGAGGGAAGGAGCGGGGACCUGCAGUGCCAGGAAAAGAUUUGUUUUCCUGGCACUGGAGAGUCCCUUUAAUGUUUCAAUGUAAACAUUGCAGUUUCUCUGGAUCUGCAAUGUUUUACAUUGCAGCAAUAAGUUCAAAAGGGACACAGCACCCAGACCACUUCAAUUAGCUGAAGUGGUCUGGGUGCCUAUAGUGUCCAGGCACCAUAACAACUUAAUUUAGAUGCAGUUCUUAUGGUGCCUUAAUGUGACCAAACUGUCCCUUUAAUGGUUCAUAUUCCUUAUUGUGCAUCAUGAUCAUAACCAGAGUAACUGCAUUUGGAUGAACUACAAACUAUAACAGCUAUCCUCACUGGCACUAUUUCCUGAAUUGCUGUAAACAAAGUCUUGGAGGAACUUUGGGAUGGAGCUCACUUUGUGGCAAGCGCUUGUCGUACUGCACAGGUCUCAGUCUCGAGUUUGCAGCAGUGCCGGAAAGCGCUCGUAUGAGGAAACACGUGUGCAGCUGACCAUUUCCCUGUAAUCAUGUCUGUGUACCAGGUAGCUGCGAAGAUCCUGGAUAAACUGCAGCGAAAGGAGGGGGCAUUGAAGACACUGGUAUAUGACAGCAAGUACAAGGUUUGUAUUUAAUGUCCUAUAAUCUGCUCCUGUACACACUGGACACAUCUCUCACUUGUAGAUUUAUUCUAAGAUACAUCCCCAGGCUUCCUUUGAUAUCAGCAUGUUGUAUCUGUUUGUGUUCUAAACCCUAAAUAUCCACAAUCUGGGAACUUUACCACAAUUGAAUGAAAAUCUGAUAAAUCUCAUUGGGGUUUACUCAUUAAACAGCAAAACAGGAGAAUUUGACUUGGAGAUUGUUACACUAUUACCUUGAUAAGUUUUAUUCAUAGGUAGGUUGCUUUAGCUUUUGAGCUCGGUAUGUAGCAUCUCCAAAGAGAUUUAUCAGCUCUGGGGUAAUAAUGUCAGUAAUUUAUCGGCCACUUGGAGGAGGCUUCCAGGCUGGCAUAACUAUUUGAGGUAGAUCGACUUGGCUGUUGUAUUUCAUACAGGUGCAAUGUGAAAACCUCAGAUCUGUAUUUCAGUUCUUGUAAUCACCUUAAAUAGUUGAAGGGAUUUCUACAUUGACACAAAGUAUCCAACAGUGAUACACAAUCUGUUUAUUACUGCUUCAGAUAAGUUAUUGUGAAUGCAUUUGCCAGACUGCAAUGAUUUCACUAUAACCAAGCUCAUUGAUUUUUUUGAUACCUCCUUGUUAAAAAUCAUCAGGGUUAUGUAAAGAACACUCCCUGUGCAAGAGUGGUGGAAUUGUGGUGUUUUUAGGGGUUUAUUAUUAACCCCUUAAGGACCAAACUUCUGGAAUAAAAGGGAAUCAUGACAUGUCACACAUGUCAUGUGUCCUUAAGGGGUUAAAUGGACACUCCUCUUUUUCAUUUUACAAAAAGUGCACAUUUACAUAGAAAUUAGUACUUAACCUUGUUUACACCCCCCUAGCUGUCAAUCAGACAACCGGUCCUGUUACUUCCUGGCUUGUGUAGGUCAGUGAAGCUAAACUCAAGAGUCUAGAGUUCUAGACAAUUGUUCAGAAGGCCUGUAUUGCAAAGACUUCGCAUUGAAGCUGCAUUGGGAAGUCUGUGAUUGGACAACAAUAGUAAGUCUAGGCUUGGGAAGACCAGGAAGGGUUGUAAAGGUUGCAGACAAGAGAUCUGCAACUUUUCAAGCAGUUUUUAGAUAUAUCUAGAAUGAAAAAAAAAUCAUGCAUGUUCUCAUUUGGGUUUAGCUACUAAACAGUAACUUUCUUUCUUGUUUUGUAUCUGGGUAGUGGAGUGUCCCAUUUAAAGUGGCACUGUCACUCUCUUGAACAAUUAGUAUUUUAUACAGAUGGAAUCUUUAUGAAAUAUUUAUUUUGACUAUGAUAUAAUUACACUGUAGGGACAACCUUGUCUCUGUAUAUUUCCUCUGCCUGACUUUCUUAGACUCUGGGUAGAGCUAAUGUCAAUCCUGACAACUGUCACCAGUGACAGCUACAGUGAAUUAGCUCUGCCUAUGGAGGAUCACACAGUCUUGCGGGAUCUUCCAUAGAUCUGAAUGCUGUUCCACUCUUUUUUUUUUUUAUUUUUUUUAUUUUUUUUUUAUAAAUGCAAGCUAGUUUUGUUUUUGACAUGACCUAGUUAAAAACCAUCAGGAUUAUCCAAAGAGCACUCUCUGUGCAGGACUGGUAGAGGUUUGGUAUUUUUUUUAUAAGUUUAUUAUUAAUUGAGGCAGCCUAGGUUAGAGAUAAGAGAUCACAUCAUGGGUUUAAUUAGUAUUAAUAUCCUUUUUACCAUUUGACUAUGUAAUCUCAAUAAUCUCAUCUGGAUUUACCAAAGGGCUCUCUUCGCUUUAUCUCCUUAAUUUGAGGCUAUCUUUUCAAGUUAAAGAUAGUGUUUACCCUGGUAAAGGUCCCUUUAGAAUAACCUUUCCAUUUCUUAUAGACAGUGUACAGUUUCACUGUAAAUUAUUAACUUGAUUUUUAAGUCAUCUAAAUUUGCUGCUUCACAGAGUGGUCUGCAAUAUAUUCUUUAUGAUAGAACGCUUUCAAAAUCAAUAAUAACAUCCUCUUUGAACAAGAUUCUUUUGUGAUUUAUUCAUUUUAAAUGUCAGACGUCGCUCAGGUGGAAGGUACCCAGGUAUGUGCAUUUAAUUGAUACAUUUGUUUUCUGGAACCGUGCAUAGUUGUAAUUCUGUCAAUAUUUUAGUAAACAUGUAUUUUGGGACAGUACAGACAAAUGUAAAAGAGCAAUGUGUAAGGAAUACAUCAUAGGAUCUGCUUAACAUUCCUUGUGAUUCUUGUUGGUAUCAGAAUAUACGGCAGCUCUAUGCCCUGCUCUGUGAGACCGUUCGCUAUUCGGCAGUUUUGGAGGAGAUCAUCCAGAGUUCGUCAUUCCUUAAGGGAGAUGUGAAAAUGACUCGAAAUCUAGCCAAGGUAGGGGAAACAACCAGACUGUGGCAAAAGGUAUUCACUAAACUAGGACUGUGGAGAACUGACAAAGGGAAUGAAGAUUUUAGUAUUUGAUGGAAAACUAACUGUGCCGGAAAAAAAAUUCUAAUCAGCUAUUUUAAUCUCAAACUUGCAAAUGUUUCUGAAGUAGGAAAUAAGCCUUUGUUUUUUUCCGGUUUUAACACAAUGUGUGAAGAAUGUAGAUUAUGAUACCAUAAACUACCCUAUUGCCAGCAAUAAACACAGAUAAUAAAUACUAUGAGGAAUUGGCACUAUAAAUUUUGGUGACUUUUUUUAUUUUUUCCAUUAUAAAAAAAAAAGACCAUUAAAUGACAUGGUUUGAACUAUUUUUCACUUUAGUGUUUUUUUUAAUGGCAUUAAUGACCCCAAAGGUACACUCAAAGUACCAUAGUUGCACAGUAAACUGUAGUGAUUAUAGUAUCAAGUGCAGUGGUGUCCUCCCAAGGUAGGUGGUCAAACUGUUUGCAAAUAGCUGGAAGAUGCCGGUCACCUCCUAUGGGUACAUGGUGUGUUCCUUCAACACAUGUUUUUCUACAUCACCAGAAAACAAAAUUGCCGAUCUGGAAUUGCUGUUGCAAUUCAUGGUUUAGUGAGUUAUUCUGUUUUUGUGUGCACAUUGCAGUUUGAAAGAGGGUUGUGUAAGGAUUUUUUUUUCUUUGUUACAUACUCAGAUUUUUGUCUUGAUCUAUUAUGAUGACUGAGCAGUAGGGUGACCAGUACAUAUAUUUGCCUCCAGUAGUAGAGACAGUAAGCAAGAAAUAGUUCUAGAUAAAUUCCUUUAAUGUGCUCUUUGGUGUAAGGAAGAAGCAGUGUUUUUGAAAGUAAAUCCAUUUCAUUCUUCUUUAGGUGGUUGUUUAUGAUUUGCUGUUUGGGAAAGGUGUGCAGUGUGGAGGUCGUUUAAAAGCAGUGGUCAUUGCGCACCGAACGCGGCUUCGGGCUGAACUUGCUCGAAUGAAGGUGAAGAAGAAUGUUAGCAGCAAUAAGGACUUGGUGACCUCUUUGGGUGGUCCAUCUGCAGGUUAGUGGAAUUCCCUAAUUGCGAUAGUAUUGGAACUGUUGGUGUUUGAUAACCAUCUGAUCUCUCUCAUUACAGGCUCUGCCAUGCCACGGUAUGUCCGUGUCAACACACUUAAGACUUCCACUAAUGAGAUCAUUACUUACUUUAAGCGUCAAGACUACACAUACUUGGGCAAAGCACGCAGGUGAAUCAUUUUUUUUUUUUUUUUUUUUUUUUAAAUCGGAGCAGAAGACUUCAUUCUCAAAUUCUCCAUGCACAAACCGUAUUAUUCACCAAAAUGUUAAUUGUCAGAAAUUCAAAAGUUAUUUUAAAAUGUAGGCUAAAAGGACCAAACUGAAAACAUGGCUUAGAAAUGUUUCUAAUGUAGCUGUUUUGUGCUAAUUCUAUAAAUCGAUAAAUUCUGACUUUAUUGGCUGACUGACAAAGUUAUUCCCUAACACCGUAGUGGAGAAAAUUAGAUUUGAGGUUCUGGGGCAAAAAGUGUGUUUUUAAACCUUGAUGUGUUUCAAUCCUCACUCUCCUGAGAGCCACAUUAUGUGACUGUCGUUCAACACACUUGACAUCCUCCUCUUUUUUUUUUCUAAUUUAUUUGUAGAGAUCUGUCUCAUGUCAACUAACCUUGUUACAACGGUUCUGACUGAUACCUAAUAAAACACAAUAAGAGACUUGUUCAAGGAAUCAGUUAUCUCUAAGACUGUCCUGCAGUGCAGUAAAAUAAUAUACACCAUAACCACUGCAGCUUGGUGUAGUGAUUCCAGGAGUCCCUGGUGCUGCACGUUGGUAAACUCUCAGACUGUUUUCAAACUGUUUGACGCCUGGCUUUGUUGAGCCCUGCACUGCUUCCAUUCUGAGCUGAUAUGCUAAUGUGGGCGCAGGUUUGGGCUUUAUUCAUUGGCGGAGUGUGUCAGCUGACCGCUCUUAAUUGUCUAUGUCCAAAGUUGGUAUGACAGUGCGAACGUAUUGGCCAAGACAGUCUUCCGACACAGCAAGGUAAGUGCAAACUGUUUUGUGAACAGUGUGGCAGUUUACCAUUAGAUGGCGCUAGGGGACUUAUUGCAGGACAACCAAUACUGCACACUGUAGGGAUUAUAAUGCUAAGAGUAGCUCUUUAACAGUUUGUGUUGGGUGCUUUCAGAGUUCUUUUACGAUAGGAAUAUUGAAAUAAGAUUUAAAAAUGAGAUCUUUCGUGAAAUGCUGAUCUAAAGAACACAAUUGUACUAACAUGGACUUCUCCAUCAUGUAGGAUUGAGGAACUAUCAGAGCUUGGACAGAAGAAAGGGAAGAAGUUCCUGCAGGAUCUUCAUGUUCCAGAUCUAUUGGCGUUCCCUCCAGACACAGAUUUCCACAAAGAUGCCUUAUACCUAGCAGGGCACCUUAUACUGCAGGACAAGGUAAGAUUUCCAGCUCAUAGAUCGGGCCCCAAUCAGGAAAUGCCAGAAACAAAAAAAAAAAACAGCCUCACAGUCAAUAAGAUUAAAUAUCUUUAUUUCAUCAUAUCAAACGUAAGACAGGCUGAAGACCGCACAGGGAACCACGAAGUAGGGAAACUGGAACCACUGUCUAAAACAUUUGAUACUGUUAGCACGUAGACCUGGCUUUUCCUGACUGGGGCCCAAUGUCUGACCUAUUGGACACACAUACCUUCUAGCUCCCUAGGCCCUACCAUACUGCUAAUAGUUAUUGUCCAAGAAAUCCCAUCAUGCAGUGUCAUUUACCCUAGGCAAGCUGCCUCCCUGCCUUGCUGCUGUCUCCUCCUGUGGGAUCCUUUGUCAUUGAUGCAUGUGCUGCACCCGGGAACAAGACAAGCCACAUAGCUGCCAUUUUGCAGAACAAGGGGUACGUAGAACAAAUCAAAGGAGCUAUAUCAAGGCCAGAUUGAUGCAUUGAAUAGAACUUUUUUGUUUACAGCAGUAUGGAGAUUAAAUGUAAUGUUAACCAAUCAUAAGUCAGGAUCCUGUUUAUUCAUCGAUGGAGGAAUCAUAGCCAAUACAUUACACCUGAUUGCUUACAAUGAUAAGUGCCCUACUUGCUUAUUUAAUAAAGUAAGAAUUCAAAGUGAAUUUAACCUUUAAAGCCAAAAAAGCCAAACUGGAAAAAAAAAAAUCUCUUAAGUCAGCGAUGCUUUCAGUUCUGCUAUUCUGAAUUCACUUUAAAUUCUCACUUUAGUGAAUGACAAUGUUAGUGUUUCUUUGUGUCAUUGUCUGUGCGUCCUAUAACCAUCCUUUGGCUGUUCUUCAUAAUGUCCAGAUUGUGUGUGUGUGUUUUGGUUUUCAGGGAGCGUCCAGGUAACCUUUAUUUGCAGUCUUAGAAUUAAGUGGAUGGUCUGUUUGACAAAACUUGUCUACGGUCUUCACCAAAUGUGAAAUUAUGGAACAAAUCGUAGACAUUCUAUUGCUGUGCAAUGGGAAGCUGUGCCUAGUCAGGUCUCACACUUUCCAUUAGCUGUUGUUGACUAGAAAUGUACCCCAGGUGAGUGUGCUAUACACCCUCCAUGGUUGCAGUGGAGAAAUUACUUUUAAGGCCUGGGUAGUAUUACAGGUCUUGAAUUUUAACUCCUGGUUGUACUACAACAACUAUAUUCUGUCUGUUGUAUAUCCUUACUUUGUUUCAUGUCUUUACACUUACCUCUGUAAUGUUCAGUUGUAUUAAUAAAGCUUUAUAAACAAAUCUUCAGGUCAGGCUUGCAUCGUAUUCCGUUCUUGCACAGCAGUUGAAGAAGGGAAUCUGAAAUCACUUUAGUAGGAGGACAGUUCCUACAGGGAAAUUGUUAUAUUAUUGUUUUGCUACAUGCCUUUUAUGCUUCUAGGAGAGUUUUUGCAUUUGACCUGGAUACCAAGCGUGUAUCCACUAUGAGCACGCUGCUGUUACGAGCUGGAGUCACAUGUCAGGAGUUAGCGAAUCAAGACUUCCUUACCGUCAGACUAGACGAUCCUAAAUAUCAGAAAGUGAGCCACAUCCUGGUGGAUCCUUCAUGUAGCGGUUCAGGUAAAUAAGAUUAACAGAAUUUGGCAAUGGGCGGUGAAACAGCCUUCUGACUGUAUGGUAUAUCUAACCAGGUAGUAGCGUGCUGCACACUAUCGUGAUGCAACGGAGCUCUGUGGGGGAGGUCUGCUAGCCCCUAAUGUAAUCCAAGAAGUAUAGAGGCAAUAAUCGGGUAUACCAUGUGUCUCGUUCCCUUAGCCUGCCACCCCUCCCAAUGUGUCCCAUUCACUUAGCUCCUCCCAUGUGUCUCAUUCCCUUAGCUUGCCACCCCUCCCAAUGUGUCCCAUUCACUAAGCUCCUCCCAUGUGUCUCAUUCCCUUAGCUUGCCACCCCUCCCAAUGUGUCUCAUUCCCUUAGCCCCCCACCCCGUGUCUCCUACCCUUAGCUUCCCUAUGUGUCUCAUUCAGGUUUUUCAUUCCCUCCCUCAAACCCCCCCAUUAUGUCUCAUUUCCCUAGCACGCCCCUUUGUGUCUCACCUCCCCUGUGUACCGUGGCUAAACUGUGGACUGUGCUAGAAGAUCUUGUUUCCCUCCAGCCAGUCUGACAGGAAGCAGUUUGGCACUCUCAGUAGGUGCACCUCCUGUCAGACAGUGUAGAGGGAAAAAAGCUCCUCUACCGCGGUCUGCGGCUCGGACACACUACAAGUAACGACAGGCAGGAGGGGAUCGCUGUGCAGUGCGUUCAGUUGGAUCCUGCACCCUAAGGAAGCCACCUGUUCCGCCUUAUGGUAGCACCAGCCCUGAAAAGUUUUGCGAGCCACAUUGGACUGUCUAAAGAACCACAUGCGGCUCACGAGCAGUAGUUUGACCAUGUCUGUGGUAGACUGAUAAUUGCUAUCAGCCUAGGUCACAGAUUACCGCUGCCGUGCAGCAAUAAAGCCCUAUUAUUUUAUCCCAGUGUGAUUUUAUGCCGUCUGCUCCCAUACUGCUUCAGUAUUAUGACAGGUGUCCUGGUUGGACCACAUACUUAAUAUACAUGGUAGAAGAGAAUAAUCGGAUAAAUGCACUGCGAGAGGAAGAUAAGCGUUCUGCAAUUAUGGUAUUGCAGGCUUUAGCACUUACAGCCAGCUUGAGUAUUAUGGAAUAGUUAAUGAUAUGCUGUAUAUUUAUACAUAAAUAUCUUCUGCCAUUAUGCAUCUUACAGCACUUUUGGCCAUUAUUCUUCACUUUUUUCUUUUUUGUGAUAAGUGUUAUCUCAUCGCCAGGAAUGCCCGAUCUAAUGAGAGUUCACACAGAUGCAUCAUCAGGCCCAGAGCAGGAGAAACGUCUGCAGGCACUGUCAGGAUUCCAAUGUCGUGCUGUGUCCCAUGCACUGAGUUUCCCGUCCGUACAACGUGUUGUAUACUCCACCUGCUCCAUUCACCAGCAGGAGAAUGAAGAUGUGGUGAUGAAAUCUCUGGAGCAAAACCCAGAUUUUAGGUUAGUAGUUACUCUAGGAAAUAGCCCUUACCAUAAUAGGAACCUACCUAUUUAUCAAAAAAUGUUCCAGAAAAAAAUACUGAAACCACUCUGAGCACCAUAAUGUGAGAUCUUACAAGUGGCCAAUUUUUGGAGGAACGUGCUGUAAAACAUUCAGAUUUACAUUGCUGUGGCCAAUGUGAUCUUAAAUAAUCAAUAUAAUAAUAGUAUUUUUAUACUGAAUGCUUACUGCACCAAAAAUGUUUAUCAAUACACCUAUAGUACUAACUCCAAAAAGUAGUCAAACUGACUGUGAUAUAACAAAUGAGCCAUUAAAAUAUCAUGAUAUUAAAAAUGAUUGGGAAAUAGUUAAAGGACCACUCUAGGCACCCAGACCACUUCAGCUUAAUGAAGUGGUCUGGGUGCCAGGUCCUUCUAGGGUUAACCCAUUUUUUCAUAAUUAUAGCAGUUUCAGAGAAACUGCUAUAAUUAUGAAUGGGUUAAGCCUUCCCCCUAAUCCUCUAGUGGCUGUCUCAUUGACAGCCACUAGAGGCGCUUGCGUGCUUCUCACUGUGAUUUUCACAGUGAGGCACGCAAGCGUCAAUAAAGCAUUGUAAAUGCUUUCGUAUGAGACCGCUGAAUGCGCGCGCCGCUUGCCGCGCGUGCGCAUUCAGCCGGCGGAGGGGGCAGAGAGCUCUCCGCCCAGCGCUGGAAAAAGGUAAGUUAUUACCCCUUUUCCCCUUCCAGAGCCGGGCGGGAGGGGGUCCCUGAGGGUGGGGGCACCCUCAGGGCACUAUAGUGCCAGGAAAACUAGUGUUUUCCUGGCACUAUAGUGGUCCUUUAAAGGAACGUUGCAUUGAAUUAUGUAUUGACAUUACUUUUAAAGUGUACAUUAAGUAGCAGAUGUAUGGAUUUUUAAGAAGUCUAAAUAUAAAUACAGUGCAUUUCUUCUGUCAGUCUGUUCUGUGCAAACAUGGCUAUGCAACUGGCUAAAUGUGCCAUAUGAUUAUCUGCUGUCAUAAUUGAGGAUCAUGUCAUAACAUGCUUAUCUUGCAGGUUGGUAAAUGCUUUACCAUCAUGGCCAUUACGAGGACUCAAUACCUUCCCAGAGUCAAGUUACUGUCUUCGAGCUUCGCUUUCAGACACUUUUACCAAUGGGUUUUUCAUUGCAGUCUUUGAGCGCAAAAGCAAUCAAAAUGAAAGGUAUAAAGAAAAUUUUAUUUUUUCAUUAAACCCUGUGCAUACAUGUUAUACAUAUUUUUAAUGAGCUCCACUUUUCCCUUUGCUCUAAAGUCAGUCUUUGAUAGAGGGGCAAAAAAAAACCCCCCAAAAAACAAACCCUACAUUUAAAGGAACACUGUAGUCACCAGAACAGGUCCAGCUUUUUGUAUUUGUGCUGACGCGUAUAAUCAUUCCCUUAAGACCUUUAGCAGUAAACACAGUCUUUUCAGAGCAAAUGCAGUGUUUACAUUACAGCCUAGUGAUACCUCCACUGGCCACUCUUCAGAUGGCUGCUAGAGGUGCCUCCUGGGGCAAUGCUGCACAGUGUCUCCACCCUCUGCAUGGAGACACUGAACUUUCCCCAUAGAGAUGCAUUGAAUUAAUGCAUUUAUAUGAGCAGAUACAGAUUGGCCAGGGCUGUUUGACUUGUGCUAGCUUUGACCCCGAGGCAGUCCUUGGCAAGAUCAGCCAAUUCAAUGCUUUCCAUUGGGAAAGCAAUGUGAUUGGCCAGAUCACCACUUCUGCUGAUGUCAGUCAAGAAGGCAGACUAAAAUAAAGGUAAGAUUACUAUAUUUCCUAAUGUGUAUUAUACCCCACCUUCUAUAGACUGUAAGCUCGUCUGAGCAGGGUCCCCUUCAACCUAUUGUUCCUGUAAGUUUUCUUGUAACUGUCCUGUUUAUAGUUAAAUCCCCCCUCUCAUAAUAUUGUAAAGUGUUAAGGAAUCUGUUGGCGCUAUAUAAAUGGCAAUAAUAAUAUUUAGGUGGGCAAGUGAAUUGGGGGGGGUGCAGAUAGUGAUUUUAACACUAUAGGGUCAGGAAUAAGUUUGUGUUCCUGACCCUAUAGUGUUCCUUUAAGCUUCAUUCAGGCCUUUUGUGUCAUGCAGCCGAAGUAUAUUUGAUAUUUUUAAAAUGAAAAACUGUCAGCAGGUACAAAACCAUAAUGACUAUAUAACAAUUGUCUUUCUGUGCUGGUAUUUCAAACCUCUUUUGAAGCAUUGCAAAGAACACUAACUUUUGUCUUUAAAUUCAAAGAAAUCUUUUGUGAUAAAGUUUUUGUUUGGAAUAACUGAACAGGAAUUUUUUCAAAUAAAGGUUAUUCUUAAAUUAAGAACCAUUUUAUAGUAAAUUGUUUGAAUACUUUGGCAACUAGUCAUUUUUUUUUAUUAUAAGAAACUUGUGCAUGAAUUGCAAAUGAAAAUUGUACAUGCUAUGGGUGAUAAUGAGCAUUUUUUAUUUCAGUUCUACUCAGACUACAGUGGAGAAAAACUGCCAUAGUGCUGCCCAGACAAAAGAUGACUUAAAAGUGUCACAGGCCGGGGAUGAAAGGCAAAACGGUCCAGUCGUUGUAGACUCUGGAAACUGUAUAAAAAAGAAAACUCGCAAGAGGAAAAAGAAACGCAAGACAGAAUUGCAGUAAAUAAAAAUCUGACCUAU